GGCGCGCCGAGGGCAGCGAAGGCACUUAAUGUUGAACUUGUGUCACCUCUGUGUCAAGAAGAAUGUAUUUUGGUCAACAGUAUCAAAGUCAUCGCUGCUUUGCAGCUCUCUGAGGAGCACCAGCUCUAAGACAGGAGGAAGAUCUGAACCUGCUAAGCAGUCACUUAAGAAACCGAAGUUACCAGUAGGUCGAUUUGAUGAACCAGAGGAGUCCAGUAUAGAGAGGGAACCCCUGGAAAAAUUCCCUGAUGGAAUCAAUCCUGCUACAAAAGAGAGGGGCGGACCUAAAGGCCCUGAACCUACACGUUUCGGAGACUGGGAAAGAAAAGGACGUUGUAUAGAUUUUUAAUGUCUAAAUGUAUCUGUACUGCUAAUAGUAUUUCUAGUUGUUGAAAAACAUAAUGUACAGAAAAAUCGCACCUGGAUUUGUUGUGAAGCUUCUUGUUUCUGUCUCAUGCUUGUGAUGAAUUUUCUGAGAGAUAUUAUGUAAAUAAAUACCAUGCUGCCACCCAA